GAGGGAGCGGCUGGGCCCGCCCCUGCCCAGCCGGGAGGCGAGCAGCGGGCCAGGCGCCGCGCCGCGUUCCCCCCGCGCAGCUCCGUGCGCUCCGAGUCCCUUGCGCUGAGCACUGGCCGGGCAGGGUCAUGUUCUACACCGCGCUGGCGGGGCUGCUGCUCCUGCCGCUGCUGCUGCGCCUCGCCUGCCCCUACUUCUUCCGCGACCUGCGCUUCUUCCUCACGGUGGCCUGGCUGUCGCAGCGGGUGCGCAGCGACUCGGCGCGGACCCCGCCGCGCACCAUCCUGGAGGUGUUCACGCAGCGGGCGCGCCGGACACCCCGCAAGCCCCUGGUGCUGUUCAGGGAGGAGGUGCACACCUACGGGCAGGUGGACAAGCGGAGCAGCCAGGUGGCCCGGGCGCUGCGCGAGCACGCCGGGCUGCAGCAAGGGGACUGCCUGGCCCUCUUCCUGGGCAACGAGCCUGCCUACCUCUGGAUCUGGCUGGGCUUGGCCAAGCUGGGCUGCGCCAUGGCCUGCCUCAACUGCAACAUCAGGGCCAAGUCCUUGCUGCACUGCUUCCAGUGCAGCGGAGCCAAGGUGCUGCUGGCAGCCCCAGAAUUGAAAGCAGCUGUUGAAGAAAUAUUGCCAGCCCUGAAAGAAGAAAACAUCAGAGUCUUCUACCUAAGCAGGACAUCCGACACAAAAGGGGUUGACAGCUUCAUUGACAAGUUGGAAGUGGUUUCAGAUGAGCCUAUUCCACACUCUUGGAGAUCAAAUGUCACUUCUAAAACUCCUGCCAUGUAUAUUUAUACCUCUGGGACUACAGGUCUUCCAAAGGCUGCAGUGAUUACCCACCAGCGCAUGCUGUUAGGUUGUAAUUUGUUCAUUGCAAGUGGCGUGACCUCUGAGGACGUUGUGUAUAAUGUCCUGCCACUGUAUCACAGUGCUGCCCUCCUGGUUGGAGUUCAUGGAUGCAUCAUGCAAGGUGCCACCUUAGCUCUACGCUCCAAAUUUUCAGCCAGCCAGUUUUGGGUUGACUGCAGGAAAUACAAAGUAACAGUCAUCCAGUAUAUUGGGGAGGUGCUUCGGUAUUUAUGCAACACACCAAAGAAAGACAGCGAUGGUGAUCACAGAGUAAGGAUUGCCAUAGGCAAUGGGUUAAGGGCUGAUGUUUGGAGGGAAUUCGUCAGAAGAUUUGGAGACAUCCGUAUAUUGGAGUUCUAUGCUGCAACCGAGGGAAAUGUUGGGUUUUUUAACUACACUGGAAAAGUCGGUGCCGUGGGGAGAGUAAACUACUUCCAUAAGAAAAUUAUACGCUAUGAGCUGAUUAGAUACGACGUAGAGAAAGAUGAACCAGUCCGAGAUGAAAAUGGAUAUUGCAUAAGAGUUCCCAAAGGUGAAGCGGGGCUGUUGAUCUGCAAAAUCACACAAUUUUCUCCUUUUAGUGGCUAUGCAGGAGCAAAAAGCCAGACAGAGAAGAAAAAACUAACAAACGUCUUCCAGAAAGGGGAUUUAUAUUUUAAUAGUGGUGACCUUUUAAUGGUUGACCAGGACAAUUUCAUCUACUUUCAUGACAGAGUCGGAGAUACAUUCCGAUGGAAAGGGGAAAACGUGGCUACUACUGAAGUUGCAGAUAUUUUCGGAUUGAUUGACUUUGUCCAAGAAGUUAAUGUGUAUGGAGUGCCUGUGCCAGGUCAUGAAGGCAGAAUAGGAAUGGCAUCCAUUCGACUAAAGGAGGGCUGUGAAUUUAAUGGGGACCAGAUAUACAGACACGUUGUAGACUACCUGCCGAAUUAUGCAAGACCUCGCUUUGUAAGGAUUCAGGAUGCUAUUGAGAUCACAACAACUUUUAAACACCGUAAAGUGCAAUUAAUGGAGGAGGGCUUCAACCCAGCAGUCAUCAGGGAUGGCCUGUAUUUCCUGGAUGACAAAGAAAAGACGUACGUGCCGAUGACGGAGGACAUUUAUAACGCUAUAUAUAACAAUAGCCUAAAACUAUAAGUGUGUCCAAAAAAAUCACUGUUUUAGAAUAUUCAGGUUUCAGAGUAACAGCCGUGUUAGUCUGUAUUCGCAAAAAGAAAAGGAGUACUUGUGGCACCUUGGAGACUAGCCAAUUUAUUUGAGCAUGAGCUUUCGUGAGCUCACGAAAGCUCAUGCUCAAAUAAAUUGGUUAGUCUCUAAGGUGCCACAAGUACUCCUUUUCUUUUUUCUAGAAUAUUCAGUUUUCAAAACACAUUAUUGAGUCCAAAAAGCCAUUUUGAUGAGUUGAUCGAUGUUAUCAAGUGCUUGUAUCCAAAAUUCUGUGUGAUGGAGAUGUUUUAAUAGUGACAGGACCUACAUAAAACUACUGUUCUUUCUCCCUGUGGUCUGUGUGUUAACCUUCACACUUCCCAGCUUCACUCAGGACACACAACAACUCUGCCUCCACUUACCUCUCAGCCUGGCUGCUCCUUCCUCUUCCCCUCUCGAACCCAGCACUGUUCACUCCCAUCACCAUAUUGCUCCCUGCCUCCACUGGUUCUUCUGUGCCUUUCUCACACUGGCCCUUGUGCCUGGAACAGCCUCCAUGACCCAGCGGCACCAUCAUUCCUGUUCUUGUGCGUAAUCUUGUGCUCAAAGGCUUUCCUGAGUUAGGGCCUCAAAAUGGGACAGGAGAGAAAAUUCAGAAUUAGCAAGGCACAUACACAGCUUAUUAGGCAAAUCACAAUCAACUUGUGCUCUGACUUGUGUUAUUAUGUAUGUAGAUUGUAUGCUCUUUUGGAGCGGGGACCUGUCUUAGAUUGUCAUAUACUGUCGUGAAUGACUCUGUGGUGCUGUAUAAAUAAUAAAUCAGAAUGCUGUA